CCGCGGCCGGGUAGGGUGUGAGAAGUUAGUGGCGCUGCCGCGGUGCCGUGAGGGGACGGAGACGGCCGGGCCCGGACCAGCGCGAUGCUCACGGACGGCACCGCCGCCGCUGCCGCCGACGAGGAGAUCGACUCGGUCGCGCCCCGCGCGCCGCCCGCCGCCGCCGAGCCGCCCGCCGCGGCCGGGCCCUCCCCACUGGGCCUGCGGGCCGUGCGCCUUUUCGGGGAGGCCGGGCCCGGCGGGCCGGGAGGCCCCGGCGCGCCCGCGGCCGGUGAGGCCGCCCUCGACUUCAAGCUGGCGGCCGCCGUGCUGCGCAGCGGGGGCGGCGGCGGCUCCGGCAGCGACGAGGACGAGGUGUCCGAGGUCGAAUCAUUUAUUUUGGACCAAGAAGAUCUUGAUAACCCAGUACUUAAAACCACAUCGGAGUUAUUCUUAUCGAGUGCUGCAGAAGGUGCGGAUUUGAGAACUGUGGAUCCAGAAACACAAGCACGACUAGAAGCCUUAUUGGAGGCAGCAGGAAUUGGUAAAUUGUCCACUGCCGAUGGCAAAGCCUUCGCAGAUCCCGAGGUUCUCCGGAGACUGACGUCGUCCGUCAGCUGCGCGCUGGACGAGGCGGCCGCUGCGCUGACACGGAUGAGAGCCGAGAACAAUCACAACACAGGACAAGUGGACAAUCGCAGUUUGGCAGAAGCAUGCUCCGAYGGGGAUGUAAAUGCUGUCCGGAAGCUGCUGGAUGAAGGACGAAGCGUAAAUGARCAUACUGAAGAAGGGGAGAGUCUCCUUUGCUUGGCCUGUUCAGCAGGAUAUUAUGAAUUGGCACAAGUGCUGCUAGCCAUGCACGCGAACGUUGAAGAUCGAGGGAAUAAAGGUGACAUCACUCCCUUGAUGGCAGCUGCCAGCGGAGGCUACGUGGAUAUUGUUAAACUCCUCCUUGUCCAUUGUGCAGAUGUCAAUGCACAGUCCUCCACAGGGAACACAGCUCUCACGUACGCCUGUGCCGGGGGCUUUGUGGAUGUAGUGAAGGUGCUACUGAAAGCUGGUGCUAACAUAGAAGACCACAAUGAGAAUGGACAUACCCCCCUGAUGGAAGCAGCCAGUGCAGGGCAUGUCGAGGUUGCAAGAGUAUUGCUGGAAUAUGGUGCAGGAAUCAACACUCACUCCAACGAGUUCAAAGAAAGUGCACUUACACUCGCAUGCUAUAAAGGCCAUUUAGAUAUGGUUCGUUUUUUGCUUGAAGCUGGAGCUGAUCAAGAACAUAAAACAGACGAGAUGCACACAGCGCUGAUGGAGGCCUGCAUGGAUGGCCACGUGGAGGUGGCACGCUUGCUGUUGGACAGCGGUGCUCAAGUGAACAUGCCUGCGGAUUCCUUUGAAUCCCCUCUCACUCUGGCUGCUUGUGGCGGGCACGUGGAGUUGGCAGCGCUUCUGAUCGAACGGGGAGCCAACCUGGAGGAGGUUAAUGAUGAAGGUUACACACCUCUGAUGGAAGCUGCCCGGGAAGGCCACGAAGAGAUGGUAGCCUUACUGCUGGCACAAGGAGCAAAUAUAAACGCACAGACGGAAGAAACACAGGAGACAGCCCUUACCCUGGCGUGCUGUGGAGGCUUUUCUGAAGUUGCUGACUUCCUUAUCAAGGCAGGAGCUGAUAUAGAGCUUGGGUGCUCAACACCUUUGAUGGAAGCUGCUCAAGAGGGUCAUCUUGAACUGGUGAAAUACUUGCUGGCAGCAGGAGCUAAUGUUCAUGCCACUACAGCGACGGGAGAUACAGCUUUGACCUAYGCCUGUGAAAAUGGACACACAGAUGUGGCAGAUGUGUUGCUUCAGGCUGGUGCUGAUCUGGAGCAUGAAUCUGAAGGUGGGAGGACCCCACUAAUGAAGGCUGCACGAGCUGGUCACUUAUGCACCGUGCAAUUCCUUAUUAGCAAAGGUGCCAAUGUGAACAGAGCUACAGCCAACAAUGAUCACACAGUGGUGUCCCUGGCCUGUGCUGGAGGUCACCUGGCCGUGGUUGAACUUCUCCUGGCGCACGGGGCAGAUCCUACUCAUCGGCUCAAGGAUGGCUCAACAAUGCUCAUUGAAGCUGCCAAGGGAGGACACACAAAUGUUGUUUCUUACUUGCUGGAUUACCCAAACAAUGUUCUGUCGGUUCCUGCAGCAGACUUGUCCCAGCUCACACCUCCAUCUCAGGAUCAGUCUCAGGUUCCCCGUGUCCCGGUGCAUACGCUUGCUAUGGUUGUACCUCCCCAGGAGCCUGACAGAACCCCUCAAGARAACUCCCCACCUCUCUUGGGAGUGGUGAAAGGUGCAUCCAAGCAGAAGUCAAGUUCCCUGCAGGUAGCAGAUAAGGACCUACUGCCACCUUUUCACCCAUACCAGCCUUUGGAAUGCAUAGUAGAAGAGACUGAAGGCAAGCUGAAUGAACUUGGACAGAGAAUUAGUGCUAUUGAAAAAGCACAACUUAAAUCAUUGGAAUUAAUUCAAGGUGAACCUUUAAAUAAAGAUAAGAUUGAAGAACUUAAAAAGAACAGAGAAGAACAAGUACAGAAGAAGAAGAAAAUAUUGAAGGAGCUGCAGAAGGUGGAAAGGCAGUUGCAGAUGAAAACCCAACAGCAGUUUACCAAAGAAUAUUUGGAGACCAAAGGUCAGACAGACACACCACCUGCCCUGCAGCAGCAGUGCUCACUUACAGGGGUCUUCCCAGAAGUGGAAGCCGAUAAGGGUCUGCCAGAGGAUAACUUUUCAGGGUUACCUCAGGUUGACACAAUCUUGUCUAAAGAUGACGAGCAACACCAGUCUCCAGCACCUGCUGAACAAAUAGAGUUUGUUCCYAUCCAGCCUUUACCAGCACCGCAAUGUAAUUUUUCUGGUAACUUAGGUUAUAAUGGGACAGAGUCUCUUGAACUUCAGAAAGCAUUAGGGAAUCAGCAGAAUGUAGGACAGCAGCAGCAAAUUGCUGGGCAGGGGCUCUUAGUUCAAGAACCAGACGGAUUAAUGGUUGCCACUCCAGCACAGACGCUUACCGACACUCUUGAUGACCUAAUAGCAGCUGUGAAUAGCAGAGUGCCCAGCGGCUCCACCAGCUCCUCGCACGCUACCGAGUCCCCRACGCCCGAGCCCUGCCCGCAGGCAGCGAGCAAUGUGCCCUCCCAGGCUGUGCUCCCCAUGUAUCCAUCAGUGGACAUCGAUGCACAUACUGAAAGUAACCACGACACUGCUCUGACCCUUGCGUGUGCGGGAGGGCACGAGGAACUUGUGUCUGUGCUGAUCGCACGUGGUGCCAAUAUUGAACACAGAGACAAGAAGGGUUUUACGCCUCUGAUUCUGGCUGCAACUGCUGGACAUGUUGGUGUGGUGGAAAUUCUUCUGGACAAAGGUGGGGAUAUAGAGGCACAGUCCGAGCGCACAAAGGAUACUCCGCUUUCCUUGGCAUGCUCCGGUGGACGCCAGGAGGUUGUUGAUUUGCUGUUGGCCCGGGGAGCAAAUAAAGAACACAGGAAUGUGUCUGAUUACACGCCAUUAAGCCUUGCUGCAUCUGGUGGCUAUGUUAAUAUCAUCAAGAUUCUUCUCAAUGCUGGGGCAGAAAUUAAUUCCAGGACUGGGAGUAAGCURGGGAUUUCUCCUCUGAUGUUGGCUGCUAUGAAUGGCCACGUACCUGCCGUGAAGCUKCUGCUUGAUAUGGGCUCUGAUAUCAAUGCCCAAAUCGAGACCAACCGYAACACAGCCCUCACCCUGGCCUGCUUCCAGGGCCGGGCAGAGGUGGUCAGUCUGCUUUUGGACAGGAAGGCCAAUGUCGAGCACAGGGCAAAGACUGGUCUCACACCCCUGAUGGAAGCAGCUUCAGGAGGCUAUGCRGAGGUUGGAAGGGUUCUCCUUGAUAAAGGAGCAGAUGUGAAUGCCCCACCUGUGCCUUCCUCAAGAGAUACGGCUUUAACAAUUGCAGCAGAUAAGGGCCACUACAAAUUCUGCGAGCUCCUCAUUAAUCGAGGGGCACACAUUGAUGUUCGGAACAAGAAAGGAAACACCCCGCUGUGGCUGGCAGCUAACGGUGGGCACUACGACGUGGUCCAGCUGCUUGUGCAAGCAGGAGCAGAUGUGGAUGCUGCAGAUAAUCGAAAAAUUACCCCUCUUAUGUCAGCAUUUCGCAAGGGUCAUGUGAAAGUAGUUCAGUUCCUGGUGAAAGAAGUUAACCAGUUUCCUUCUGACAUUGAGUGCAUGCGCUACAUAGCGACCAUCACAGACAAGGACCUGUUGAAAAAGUGUCACCAGUGUGUGGAGACGAUUGUGAAAGCUAAAGACCAGCAGGCUGCAGAAGCCAAUAAAAAUGCAACKAUACUGCUGAAGGAGCUAGACCUGGAAAAAUCAAGAGAGGAGAGCAGAAAACAAGCUCUUGCAGCCAAAAGGGAGAAAAGAAAGGAGAAGAGAAAGAAGAAAAAAGAGGAACAAAAAAGAAAACAAGAAGAAGAUGAAGAAAACAAGCCUAAGGAAACUCUGGAACUACAAGAAGAUGACGAUGAAGAAGAAAACGAUGAUGAAGUGGAGCAAGAAGUUCCUAUAGAGCCUCCAAGUGCAACUACUACAACUACAAUUGGAAUUUCUGCAACUUCAACUACCUUCACAAAUGUCUUUGGGAAGAAGAGAGCUAAUGUGGUAACUACCCCCAGCACAAACAGAAAAAAUAAGAAAAAUAAAACAAAAGAGACUCCUCAGAAUAUGCAGAUAAUUUUGCCAGAUCAGCAUAUAUCGCUAGCACAGCAAAAAGCAGAUAAAAAUAAAAUAAAUGGAGAGCCAAGAGGUGGUGGUGCGAGUGGGAACAGUGAUUCAGAUAACCUGGAUAGCACAGACUGCAACAGUGAAAGCAGCAGUGGAGGGAAAAGCCAAGAGCUGAACUUCACAAUGGAUACGAAUUCCUCAGAGCGGCGCUAUGCCUCACUGCUCAUCCCCUCUCAGGAAGAAAAAAACAGCACCUCAGCUUCCAAAACACCAACGAGGAGGGAAGACGUUGAUGACUCUGAGCAUUUCACCUGCCAGGUUGAUGGCCAGUUUGAUAUAACCUUGUCGAGCCAGAGACUUGAUGGUGAAGGUCAUUCGAAUUCUUUGUCGACUACUUAUAAGGCUGUUUCCCUGCCUCUGAGCUCUCCAAAUGUAAAGCUGAAUCUGACCAGUCCAAAAAGAGGCCAGAAAAGAGAAGAAGGCUGGAAAGAAGUGGUUAGAAGGCAAGUGGGCAGAGUUUUGAAAGACCCUCCCCCCAGCAACACUCUGCAGCCAACACCAAUUGAGCAAUUUCAGCUGCAGAGAGGAGGGCGCUGCUGUUCUGGAGCAAAAAGGUCAAAGAAAUUAUCAGUCCCAGCUUCUGUCGUAUCUCGAAUAAUGGGAAGAGGUGGGUGCAACAUCACAGCAAUUCAAGAUGUCACUGGUGCCCACAUUGAUGUUGAUAAGCAAAAAGAUAAGAAUGGAGAGAGAAUGAUCACUAUAAGGGGUGGUACAGAGUCCACGCGAUACGCAGUGCAACUCAUCAAUGCCCUUAUUCAAGAUCCUGCCAAGGAACUGGAAGACUUGAUUCCUAAAACUCAUAUAAGAACACCUGCUUCGAGUACCAAAUCAAUCCACGCGAACUUUUCAUCUGGAGUCAGCACUGCGACUGCUUCCAACAAGAACUCGUUUCCUCUCGGAGCAGCACCCCUGGUCACGUCGCAGUCAUCAACACUAUCUACUUUUCAGCCUACUAACAAAUUAAACAAGAAUGUCCCAGCGAACGUGCGCUCAUCUUUUCCGGUGUCGCUUCCUCUCGCUUAUUCUCACCCUCAUUUUGCCUUGCUGGCUGCCCAAACUAUGCAACAGAUCCGGCACCCUCGCUUACCUAUGGCCCAGUUUGGAGGAACCUUUUCACCUUCACCGAACACUUGGGGACCAUUCCCAGUGAGACCAGUUAACCCUGGCAGCACGAACAGCUCUCCAAAGCAUAAUAGUACAAAUCGUGUAGGUAGUCAGAACGGAAACGUUUUGCAGACGGAGUCUCCUGGAUUAGCUACGUCCAGUUGUCCCGUUACCGUCUCGUCUGUAGCUGCUUCCACCCAGCCUCUGUGUGUGACCAGUAACCGGACUCCCUCCUCGGUCAGGAAGCAGCUCUUUGCCUGCGUCCCCAAGACGAGCGCUGCAGCAACAGCCAUCUCAACUGUGACGAGCACCUGUAGCACUCUGCCCUCAGCUUCCUCUGCCUCCCCAAACAACGGGCAAGUGCCCACAGCGUUUCUGCCAUCUACUCCUCCGCAAGCGCAGCAUUCCGCCCUGAAAGCGGACUCGUUCUCGGCUGUCUCAGCACCCAAGGAGAAGGUGUCGACCCCAGAGCAGCCRCCCACAAGCGCGUGCACGCCAGCUUCAGUCGCAAGCAGUUGCAGUGUGUCAGCCAGCAGCAGCUCAGGAGGCACCGAAACGCGCCCGGCGAGCAGCCCCGCACCGCUGAACAACGCCCAAGAUGAAAUACUGCCAACCAGCAUGUCYGAGAUCAGCCCCUCCAUGUCGAUGCCUUUCUCAUCCAGCUCAGAAACUGCUCCUUUAAGCUUAGCGUCACCCAGGUCAGUUGUUGCAGAUAAUCAGGACAACAGUAACUUACCUCAAGUAGCUGUACCAGCACCUCGAGUUACUCACAGGAUGCAGUCCAGAGGUUCUUUCUAUUCAGUGGUACCAAAUGCAAACCUCCAUCAAGAUCCUCAAUCUAUUUUUGUUACGAAUCAAGUUCCUUUAACACCUUCUCAAGGUCCACCUGCUGCAGUGCAGCUUUCGUCAGCCAUGAACGUUAUGAACGGUUCUCAGAUGCACAUUAACCCAGCAAACAAAUCAUUGCCUCCUGCCUUUGGGCCAGCAACGCUCUUCAAUCACUUUAGUAGUCUUUUUGAUAGCAACCAGGUGCCAGCUAACCAAGCGUGGGGAGACUGUCCACUCUCUACCCGAGCAGCAGCUGACCCAUCUUUCACUGUUCAGUCUACCUUUCUGAAUAAUUCUGUGCUAGGACAUGUGGAAAACGUCCAUCCCGACAACUCCAAGGCUCCUGGUUUCAGGCCGCCUUCCCAACGAGUUUCGACUAGUCCUGUAGGCUUACCCUCUCUAGAUCCAUCCAACAGCUCUACAACUUCUUCUUCAGGUCCUUUGACAGGCUUUUCAGCAAACAUACAAGGAGCACGGGUUUACCUUCAAGGGCCAGCGCCUGUUGGGACUCCCAGCUUUAACAGACAGCAUUUUUCACCACAUCCUUGGACAAGCGCAACAAAUUCAUCAGGUGAAUCUCCUAUUCCAUCAGUUUCCUCAGGAUCAUCUUCGCCCCUCUCAGCUGCUUCUGCACCUUCUAACUUGGGCCAGCCAAAAACGGGUAACGCCAAUCAAGAUCGCAAGGUCCCCCCUCCCAUMGGGACAGAGAGGCUCGCCAGAAUCCGGCAGGGAGGCUCUGUCACUCCUACACCCUUGGGAACCAACUUCACAGCUCCCGUGGGGCACAGCGGCAUCUGGUCCUUCGGGGUCAACAGUGUGUCUGAGGGCUUGUCGGGUUGGUCUCAGCCUGUUGUGGGAAGUCAUCCAAUGCAUCAGCAGCUCUCGGACCCGGGCACGUUUUCUCAGCAUCAGCCUAUGGAGAGAGAUGAUUCUGGAAUAGUGGCUCCCUCAAAUAUUUUCCACCAACCUAUGCCCAAUAGUUUUGUGGAUUUUUCUAAAGGCCUGCCCAUCUCCAUGUACGGUGGCACUCUGAUACCCUCGCACCCCCAGCUGGCAGAUGGCCCGGGAGGCCCCCUCUUCAACGGGCUCCAUACUCCAGAUCCYGCCUGGAAUCCCAUGAUCAAAGUUGUCCAGAACUCAACAGAAUGUACUGAUGCUCAGCAGAUUUGGCCUGGCACCUGGGCACCUCACAUUGGAAACAUGCAUCUCAAGUACGUCAACUGAUUUAAGGGGGUCUGUCAUUUUUUAGCCUGGUUUGGGAAUCUUUAUGAUGUUGAAGAACCCUGGGGAUUCUUUUCAUGUGCCUAACUAAGCAAUUAUCUGUGGGCUGUAACAAUGGAAUCUCAAUUGCCCAUUGUUUAAGAACAAAUUGAUUUACCUAUACAAACUCAUUCUGUUCUCCAGUUAGUUUAGCCACUUCAGACUUUAAAAUCAGACAAAACUAGUGCUAUUGGCUAAACACUACUGAAUGCUCCUCGUAUGCAGAAGAGAACUAGCUGAUGACAUGGUUUUGACCUUUGAGGGUGGUAAAUUCCUGUAUAAUUGUUUACAGACUUAAAAGGAAAAGYUGAGUAAAUUUCAUGUCGUAUAGUGGCUCUACUUUAUGUAGCCUGUAUUAAUGUGAAAUAUUUACCUGAAUAACUCAAUAAAAGGCAAACAGCAUUCAUAGGUUGUGUGUGAGAAUUUUGGAAAGGGCUGUAUGUUAUUGUCCUCAGUAGCUGCUGCUGUGCCCGGUGACGCAUCUCCCCAGGGUCACGUACUGAGCACGUGGGUGCAGUCAGGUUUGGGAGGGUUUGAGACACAGAUGUCUGCAGAGCCCUUCCYCCUGCCAGUUGGGAGCCUUUUAUUGGUGUGAACUUGCUUCUGUGCUAUGGUUUCUUCCUUCUGGAUUAGUUCUGCUGCUUCUGGCAAGUGGUCACCUGAGAGAUCAGGUUUUGCUCAGGGCUGAAAGGUGAAUGCAGGGUUCCUUCACCUGCCCAGAAGCAGAUCUUAGAAAAGUGCUUCCCACUAGAGGAAAAAGUAAUAGAUUCAGCUCUAAGCUUCUUGUAAUGCUGUAAAUCUUCUAAGAGCUCCUCAAGUCCUUUCUGYGAGAAAGAAGAGGAUUUUUGCAUACUGCUUAAGAUGAACAAUAAUUCCUGACCCAGUUCUCCACUUUCUGCACUCGGAGAAAAAUUCUUAUUUCUGCUUUUGCUCCGAAGCGAUGCAGUAAYGAAUGGAAUUUUGGAUCCAUUCCUUUAGCAGGGAACUCCAGUGCACAUAGUGUCUAAUCUAAUGGAUCAGUCUCAGACCAGGUGGAGACUUCCCCUUCUUAUACCUUAUCCAGAAAAAUCCUUACAUGCACCAGCAACGUUUCCCCAGGAAAAACAUAAAGAAGUACUGGAAAUCCAAACUGCACAAGCAGUAUCCAAGUACCACAGGCAUAUUAACCUCAGAAGCACUACUGGAUGGUAUAUUCAGAUAUUUUUCUUGGUAUUUGAGGAAGAAAUGCAAAAAAAUUGGACUGUUGCUGCUGCCCAACUGGUAGUGCAAAUACCAAAGGAGAAACACACAGAAUCAGUCACAGAAAGGUUUGUGUUGGAAGUGGCCUUAAAGAYCACCCAGUGCAGCCCCCUGUCACGGGCAGGGGACACAUGCCAGCAGCAUUGUAUUGAAAACAAGCAGUGUUGUGGUGCAAUAGGUGUGUGCUGUCGGGGUGAGGUGCAGGGGAGGGAUGGGGUUCCCACUGCUGUGGGCUCCUUGGCUGCAGCAAGCACCAUCCCAGGGAGCUGCUGGCUCCCCAUCCUGGAGGGCUGCAGCUCCAGGGUGGGUGGCACAGUCUGUUCCAUGACACCAGGGGGCAAGACCCAGGAUGGGGAUGGGGCUGUUCCUGGGACAGCCUCGGCUGCCCCAGCCCUACCUAACAUAGACAGCUCUUUCCUGCACAGGUCCCUUGCUGGGCUCUCUCCCACACAGCUCCUUCCCUGGGGACAUGGGCACUUGCUCUGGGCACCAGAUCCAAGUGGCCCCAGCAGCCUCCACUAAAGUGGAAAAGGGAACCCCAGACUUUUGUAGGAAGAUCCUGCUCAAAAUUCGGACCAGCGCUGCCCCUGGUUACAGGGGGACACAGGCAGAGGCAGGGCCUUGUGCUUCUGGGGAGCAGUGGCAGUGCCAGGGAGCUGGUGAGUGCGGUGCUGGUCCCUCGGGMCAGGCUGGCUGGAUCUGGGGAAAGCAUGGGGGUAACACCAGAGUCUGUGCCCACCUGAGUUCACCAACCCUGGUUGGCAGGGCUUCCCCCAGGACUACCCCAGGUUUGUCCUYCUUCUCCCUUCCAACUGCCUGGGUCAGCUGUUGAGCAGAUCCUUUUGUUUGCUUUUUGUCCUCAGGGAAGCAUGUGCCUCAUCCCUGAGCUGGGCAUGUUUGGGUUGAGCCACAGGUGCCCACCCUGUGGGCACUGGCUCCAUUGUGUGCCUUCAGUUAAGUUUCUCUGGGGUGGGGCCAUGGCAGGUGUGGGCUGUGUAAGAUGUUUGCAGUGCUGAGCAGGAGCUCCGGGCUCAGCAGCAGCUCUGGGCUGCACCUGCUGCCAGAGCCUGGCAAGGAGCUGGUGCUCGGCUGCAGGGAGGGAGGGGCAGGGGAUGCACACGUGGCACAGGGGCUGGUGUGACCUCGAGUGUUGCUGGCAGGCAGUUGGAGCAUGGGGAGGAGGCAGUGUGUGUCCCGGYUGGACACUGCACACCCAGCACGCUGGAGGAGGUGUCCCAUCAAACCCAGCUGAUGGCCUUGUGCAGAGAGCAGCAGGUGGCUGGCUGAGAGGAUGGGAGCAGGGCCCCAGGGUGCCCACCACACAAAGCUGCUGCUGCCUGGCCACCAGGCUGGGGCCUCACUGUGUACCCCAGGACUGGCUCUGCCCUCCAGGCAGCGCAGGGAUGRCCUGUAUUGGCCACCAUGGGGUAGCCCUUUGGAGGCUGGACCUGCUGUGCUGCACCGUGCAGAGCUCCAGGAGCCUGAAGGGGAGAAUAGCUGCUGGGMAGGUUGGGUGUCACAGGCUGCCUUGUGGGAAGUCCCGUGGUGGCUCCAGAGCCAGAUGUCUCUGAGCCAUGGCCGAGCACUGGGGCCCACCCCUGCCCCGGGCUGAGGUGCUCAGGGACRGGGGUGGCCAAGGCCAGCAGUGCCUGACACCCCCCCCGCUUU